GCAAUUUCAUCUCACAUAAACUGCAGGAUACUACAAUUAUACCAUUCCCAUUCCCAUUCCUAGUCUCGCUUGGGCAUUUAUCAACAAGUAGGCUUCCGCUAAGUAACAUCGCAUAUCAAAAAGGGGAGCGUUUCUUUGUCUCAUCGGUCGGGACAGGGAGGCGUGCAGCAACCAGAGGGUGGAGCAGGACGUGUGACGAGGCGAGGGAGACGCACCAGAAAGGUGCGUCAGGAGAAAGACGCUCCGCAUGCUCAUUGGACGAAAGGGAGGAGGAGGGCAGGAGGCGACUAGCGAGACCAUCUCUCUAUCUGCAGGAGACACGAGUCAACUGGUUGGAGGGACGUUAGAGAUAAUGCAUCCCACGGUAGAGAAAGAUACAACUUACACCAAGAUCUUCGUGGGGGGAUUACCGUACCACACCAGCGACGCGUCGCUGGGGAAAUACUUCGAGAGCUUCGGGGACCUGGACGAGGCGGUGGUGAUCACCGACCGGCAGACCGGCAAGUCCAGAGGAUAUGGCUUUGUGACCAUGAUGGACCGAGGGGCGGCAGAACGGGCCUGCAAGGACGCCAACCCCAUCAUUGACGGCCGGAAGGCCAACGUUAACCUGGCCUACCUCGGAGCCAAGCCCCGCAGCCCACAGACAGGUCUCUCUGUUGGAGUUCAGCCAGUCCAGCCUGCUUGGAUUCAGAGACAAUACGGGCUGGCCCAGCAGUACGUGUAUCCCCAGGCCAUGCUCCAGCCGGGCCUGGUCCUGCAGCCGCAGCUCAGCAGCCCCCCGGCCGCGCUGGCCUCCCACUACCUGGACUACAGCUCCAUGUACAGCCACUACGCCGGCCUGGCCGGGGGGGGCCUGGAGCAGUACCCCUACGCCCCCUCGCCCACCGCCGGGUACCUCGGCUACAGCUUCUCCCCGGCCGCCGCCGCCUCAGCCCCGGGACACGCCAUCAGCCCGCCCAUCCACGCGCACCCUCCUCUUCCUCCUCCUCCUCAGCUGGCCCCGCUGGUCGGUGGGCCGCCCGCCUCCUACCUCCACUACCCUCUCCUCCAGCCCGACCGCAUGCAGUGACCUUCCAGCACGUGAUCAGUGGCUGAUUGGUGGCCUAGGGGGGGGUUAUGGGGUUAUGGUGGAGCCACUGGUGCACUAUGAGCCCGUGACAUCAUCAGGGUGGAGCGUCGGGAGGGGAGGAGUUUGUUGACAUGUUAAAGGGCUUACGGACAGCACAUAUUUGGUCUUUUUUGGUGUACUUUGGUGUUAUUUGGUGAGGAGAGCUAUCCGCACAAAAGAAGAGCUGUUUCGAAGUGGGGGUGGGAGAAGGUAAAGAAAAUGUAUAAUCUGCAUAAGAGAGACAUUUGAGACAUUCUUUUCACCACUUUCUCGCUGAAGUGCUUCAUGUGUUGGAUGAGAAAGGCAUCCAGUGGACAUGUUGUGAGGGCAGUUCCUCCAGAGCCACUGGCCCGGGGCCGUCCUGAGAACAGUUCCACUUCCAGAGCCCCCCUCUGCAGGAACACAAUUUGUUGGCCUUAGGAAACCUCUCAUCUUAAAAAUGUUGUGCUCUCCUCUUUGUUCGUGUUUAGCGUUUUUACUACUGCAGAAAGCAAAAACAAUAAUAUUUAGACUCCAUUUUGUUGAAUGUCCUGUUGCUAGUUGGUGUUUUUAUCUACUGCUGGUAAGUUCUUAUACGAUGAUAAUCAGAGUUUGACUAAAUAUGCAAUUAGGGCGAUACAGAGAUGACCAGGGGAACGGUAGUCUACACUGACUGUAACAAACUCUUUUAUACUGCUUAACUGGAGAGAGAGCAAAAUGAACAAUUAAAACCCAAAUCCAUUCCUCGCAUCACAUUUUCAGACUGUUUUUAAACCUGUAAAUCUUUGUAUAACAGCACAGUCAUGUGUUGUAAUGCUACUUAAAAUGCACAUUUGUAAAAAAACAGCAAAAAAAAAAACAGCAAACGUCCUAGUAUUUGUGACUGUGCGCGAAGAUUAGCACAAUCAACUCUGUAUGGUCUGGGUGUAAGAAAGAACAGGAGGGACGGAAGGACACUCGCCGUGGGUUGCAGUGUCAGGACCCAGUUGUCCACUCUCUCUCUCAUUGUGUCUGUCAUCCCAUUGUUCUUAACCAGCUGCAGAGUGAACACAGAGGAGGCAGCGAUGGCACUCGGGUCCGUCCGUACAGUCGCUCCACAAGCCAUACAGCUAAUAAAUACAAGAGAUAUGCAAAAUA